AUGCCGGGGCAGCCGAGCACAAUAAGCAUCGGCGGCGCUUGCGUAGAGGAUGAAGACGUGGAUGACGACCAUGCUGAAGAGAUUUGGAUGAGCCACUUGGGGAUACUGAUUAUGGACGGACCAGAGGGUGGAUUUUUCGAAGUGUACUGUGAAAAUUUAAAUCGGGAUCCCAUGCCGAUGUGGACGUUAAAUUAUCAUGAAUUCGGCGCGGACCGGAAAACGUUCAGCGUUUCCGCCGAAUAUUUGCAACGGUUCGUCAAUUUCUUGCAGACGUCUUCGACUUGUGCCCCAGAUCUCCAUAUAUCGGCAACGCCAAAGCGACGCGCUCAACACGAGUUCGAGUUCGACAGUGAAGACCGGCACUUUAAUGUUGCCAGCCUGUACCGAUCGUUCCGCGUGACCUCCACGCUCCGAUUGAGUGUGUCGAGCAACACCUUCCUCCGCCGCUUUGAGGCCAUCUCUCGAAUUAAUGCCCGAAAAUUAUGCCUUGUGGACGAGGAGCGCGAGCUGAAGGACGUUGUGCGUUGCCGACGAUGUAGAAUGAAGCCGUGGACGGAGAAUCUAUGGAGCUGUGCCAGUUGUACAACAAUGUGGAAUGGUGAGGGCAGCAUUGGAUCUGUUAAAGACGUGCGGCUAUUCUCUGAUGAACCGCUAUCUACGACCGAUUUUCUGAGGAUGGUCGAGCUCGGAUUUUUCCCAGCCAGGCCCCAACAACGCGGAAUGUUCUUCAAACUGGGAGCGAAAUGUGUUCAAAAUGAACCAGCAGAUCCUGAUCCCAUCGAUAUUUAUAGUUUUUUGCAACGUCUGGAACGAAGAAUCGUGACGAUUUAUAAUGGGGCGAUGGAUUUUGUUGAUAAGAGGACAGAGGAGGCAAAAUUCCUCCAGGAAAUCAUCAAACAAAAGAAACUUCGAGAGCCCCCACCUCGAGCCUACUUCAAAAUUCGUGUCGCGAACAAGAAUUUCGUCGGCGGCAUCGUCUGUGAGGAUGGCACAAAACGGAUGCUGAUCUUACUUGUGGAUCAA